AUGUCGGACUUUUUAGGAGCCCGUAUCUCCCUCAUUUCCAAGAGUGACAUUCGGUACUCUGGCAUUCUGCACAGCAUCAGCUCAGAGGACUCGACCGUUUCGCUCGAAAAUGUCGUCUCGUACGGCACGGAAGGCCGCAAAGGCAAACCCGAAGACGAGAUUGCACCCGCCGACCAGGUCUACGAGUACAUUGUGUUCCGUGGCACCGAUGUGAAGGACCUCCGUAUCGAGGAUGGUAACUCUGCACCGCCCGCCCAGGUGCCAAACGACCCAGCGAUCCUUGGUGGUCCGCCCCAAGGCGCCCCCCAAGGCCCCCCCCAAGGCCCUCCCCAAGGACCGCCGCGCGGCCCACCACCACAAGGCUUCGUUCCCAACAUGCCUGCCCCCCCUGGUGGCUGGGGUCCCAAUGGCCCGCCUCCGGGAAACCCCCCAUACCCACCGCCUCCCGGAUGGUACCCUCCACAAGGACCUGGUUUCGGCCCUGGCGGCCCUCAGUGGAACAACAACUUCUACCCGGACCCGCCCCAGUUUGCCCCUGGACCCAACGGCCCACCUGGUCCCAACGGCCCCCCCAGCGGUCCUCGCGCUCCUGGCGCUCCUGGCGCUCCUGGCCGCUCUCCGCAGCCGCAGCAGCCUGCUGCAGGUGGCCCGGCACCUCCUACCCAUGCUGAGAAGCCCAAAGGCCCUACCCCUGGUCCUGCGGAGCUGGAGCCGAAGUCGUUAGGCCAGCCACCCUCUGCUGCCAGCAGAGGUGCUCCGACUGGCCCGAGCGCCGACGUCCGCAAGGCGGUUCCGCCAACUGCACCCGUCGAGGCCCCUGCUGGCCCCGUGCCUACUGGCCCCAAGAAUGCGACUCGGAUAGCCCCGAUUGUCCCGCUCCCCGCUGGCCUGGUGAACAAGACGACGACGCAAACGACGACUGCAGCUGCUGUGUCCACCAAAACCACAGAGUCGGCACCAGGGGCGUCGAUUCAGUCUGCAACAGAGGCUGCCAAGGCCGCCGUCGCCAGAGCCAUGGCUGGUCUUGGCUCCGCUCAACCGCCGCAGGCCAGCCCUGCUGCUGCUGCCGGCGGAUCGUCGGCUCUGGACAACCUGACGCGCAAGGUCGACGAGAUGCGCAUGAAUGCUGCUGCCCAGGCAAACCAGGGCAGCUACAACAACAACACGAGCGGCCAUUACAGCAACCAGAACAACUACAAUACCAGCCACCACAACUACAACAACAACCAGUACAGAGGACGCGGCCGUGGCGGUCACUACAGCGGUCCCCGCACGGCCAAGGUGGAGGUGCCGGAUGCGGAGUUUGACUUCGCCUCGGCCAACGCCAAGUUCAACAAAGACGACGUGGUCAAGGAGGCCAUUGCUGGCGGCAACUUUGAGGCGGACGUGAAUGCCGCUGCCACGACCGGUGUCUCGAGCGGGCAAGCAUCGGAAUCGGGCGCCCCGGCCGAUACGGAGGGGGGCGACGCGCCCGUGGCGUACAGCAAAACAAAGUCGUUCUUUGACAACAUAUCGAGUGAGGCCAAAGACCGUGCUGCUGCGGCCAGCAGCAACAGUGGCCGUCCGGGCGGUCCCCAGUGGCGGGGCGAAGAGCAGCGCAAGAACGUCGAGACGUUCGGUCAGGGCAGCGUCGACGGCGGCUACCGCAACAACUACCGGGGUCGUGGCCGUGGCCGUGGCCGUGGUGGCUACAACCGGGGCCGUGGUGGUAACAACAGCGGCUACCGCCGGAACAAUGACUACAACAACCAGCAGCAACAGCCUCAGCCUCAGCAGUAG